AUGUCUCUCAUAAUGCCGUUGGCCAGGAGUGCGACCUUUGUUCCGAUGAUAGUAGCCACUGGAGUAGGUAUCGGUGGCGGGAUUGCGUUCGGGAUACAUUACCUUAUCCACAAUCCGGAAGUAGUUUUGCGCAAGCGAUCCAAUCCUCAUCCGUGGAACAAUGUCGCUCAAAAUACCAACACGAAGCUGUUUUCGUUUAAUCCUGAAUUCUGGGAAAGAAGAUCCAAUGCCCCUGACCCUAGAUUCAGCUUCAUGGAAGCCCACCCGGAAGCUUCGCGUGGCUCACACGAGAAGAAGAUGUACCUUGAAAAGGCUAAGCACAUAUGA